UCCCGCCGGGUAAAUUGGAUGGAAGUAGGUCUGUCUGUGAUACAUGCAGCAGGCCUCUCUGGUAUAACCAGGGCCAUUGCCUUUGCCUGGAUCCUAGUCUGGAGGGGAGGUUUACAACCUCUAUAGACCCAUAUUGACAUGAUCUUGCUAUAGUCUAGUAGCUCCACUUGACCUAAAAGUGGAAUCCAAGCAAGUCUCAAACCGAUGUCCCAUACCGAUACGACUGUAUGACCAUUCUGUGCCGUUGCUCCGUACCGGUAGUGUACUGGUACCGUAGCAGCGGAUGCUUUGAUUUUGAUGGGUGAACAUUGUUGUAGCCCAACAUAGUUCCUGCUAUUUGUCCCUGGUGGUACGGUAUGAGCACAACCAAACCUUCGUUUCCGGAGGAAGAUUGGCCUUGGAUCUGGGCCAUUGAGGAUCGCGAUAAUCUUGAUUGGACAACAGAGUUUAAGAAUGAUGCCGAUGGAUUGCGUGCAAAGGAAGAAGAACAAAAGAACUUGCCUGUUUUAAUCUCGUCCCCACCAGACAAUCCUUGUUUUGUCUUCUUGUCGAAUAUGGAGACUGCAUUCGACUUUGAGCGUCUAAGUAGUCUCGGUAUCACGCACGUAAUCAAUGUUGCUGGCGAAGUCAUGGAAGGAGAGCAAGAACAAUAUACGAAAGCCAACAUUAAGAGAACUACCAUUGAAGCCGAAGACGAAGAAGGAUAUCCAGUAUUGAAAGAACAUUGGGAAGAGUUUCAGAACUUUGUUAAAUCGGCUCCCGCUGGAAGCAACAUUCUUGUUCAUUGUGUGGCUGGGAUCAACCGCAGUGCUGUUUUUGUGGCAGCCCACAAACUGGUGUCGGAACAAAAAAAUGUCCUGGAUGUUGUUGCACACCUUCGAAGGCAACGAGGAAACUGGGCACUCCAUAAUGGAUCGUUCAUAGAUCAGCUGGUUGCUUUUGCUCGAACCAAUGGAUUGUUGGGGCCGAGACCAGGAGAACCGUGCUGCCGUGUCGCUGAGAAAGCGCCACCUUAUGAUUCAUUCCGUCGGUACUAGUAUCGAUAGGUACCGGCACGGCAGUAUUGGGGCCAAAAUGAUCCAUUCCUUGGCUGAGAGAAUAAAAUUAUUAAAACUAGUUCCUGAAACAGUUCUUGCG